AUGCUUGGGCUCUCUUAUGGCGAGCUUUUACUCAUCAUCGGUGCUACUGCUGCUGUUGUAGGGCCGAAGGAUCUUCCGAUUAUAGCUAAAGCAGGAGGAAGAUUAUUCGGAAGAGCAAUUGGAUAUAUCCAAAUGGCUCGUGGCCACAUGGAUGGUGUUAUGAAACAACCUCAGAUGCAAGAGCUAUCGAAAAACGUUCAAGAUUUGCAAGCACAAUUGGAUGCUAUUAGCCAUGGAGCAAGAUUCUCUCUGUUUCCAAGUCCUUUGACUCGAAGAGUGGAUAACCAUUCACCUGAAUCUAAUCCAAGCACCAAUGGGAAUGUUGGAUCGAUCAAUGUUGAAGAAAGACAGAAGCCUGCAGAUCAUUGGAAAAGGGUUCAAGAAUUUAGUGGCUCAUCGUCGCCUUCCGUUAACCUACACGCCCAAGCAACAAUAUUUGCACGAUUAUCUGAGGCGGUUAAUGGCAAAAGUCAUACGCUAAGUAGUGAUUCAGGUCUCUCACCUGUUCUUCCAGUUUCAGCUGAGAUGGCAAAGCUGCUUCCUCAUCACAAUGAGAGUGCAAGAGGAUCUGAUAUAAUGUUGGAGGCAGUUCUUGAAGCGGAAGUAGCACAUAACGCGAAAAACUAUUUCGCACAAGCCGAAAAAGAAAUUCCAGCUUUAAAAGAUGGAUUAGGUCAAUUGGCACCACCGCCGGGGAAGGUUCCCGGUGAUAGGAAAGGAGAAAUGAAAGACAUGAGGCCGACUGUUGCAGUCGGUAUCAUCAAGAGUGUUGACAAGAAGGACCCAACCGGAGCCAAGGUGACCAAGGCUGCCGUCAAGAAGGGUGCCAAGUGA